AACAAAGAUCGACGAGACAUUGUGACGUUAUCAGUGGGCCAGGGUCAAUUUCAGGACUGGUGGACUUGAUGGUGGAUUGUGGUAUUUUGUUUUCACAUACAAACUUACACAGCGUGCAAGGAUUGCAAGGGAAGAAGUUUGGAAACGUGGUCAAGUUACAGCUGGGAACAGUGAAAUGUGUGGUCGUUAAUGAACAGAAGAAUAUCAGAGAAGCUUUGGUGACGAGGGGACAUCAUUUCGAUUCUAGACCGAAUUUUGAACGGUAUCAGAGAUUGUUUUCCGGGAAUAAGGAGAAUUCAUUGGCCUUUUGCGAUUGGUCUAACACCCAAAAAGUACGCAGAGACAUGCUAAAAGCCUACACUUUCCCAAGAGCUUUCACUCACAAAUAUAUUUCCUUGGACAAUUUGAUUUUGCGCGAAACACAAGACUUAGUCAAGGAACUCGGAGAAAACGAAAUUGUCGAACUGAAGCCGAUACUUUUGAAAAAGUGCGCCAACAUAUUCCUAAACCAUUUCUGCUCGGAAAAUUUCGACUCGAACAACGAAAAGUUCACAAAAAUGAUUGAAAAUUUCGACGAAGUCUUCUACGAAGUGAAUCAGGGAUACGCAGCCGAUUUUUUGCCAUUUUUAAUGCCGUUGCAUAAGAAAAACCUCGAAAGAAUGGCCGCAGUUACGCACGAAAUCAGAGAAUUCAUCCAAGAAGAAGUAAUCAAAAAUAAAUUGCAAACGUACAGUCCUGAAACGGAACCCAGUGACUAUUUGGAAAGUUUAAUUGGACAUGUGAAAAUGGAAAAUAUGAAAAAUGACGAGGAAUCUUCUAUGAAUUGGGAAAUGGCUAUGUUUGCUUUGGAAGAUAUAAUCGGUGGUCAUUCUGCUGUAGGCAACUUCCUAACAAAACUUUUCGGUUUCCUUGUAUGUGAGCCUGAAGUACAACGAAAAAUUCAAUCAGAAAUUGACUCAGUGCUUGGUUCAGAACGACUGGUCAGUAUCUGCGACAGAAAUCUGCUGGUGUAUACUGAAGCUGUUAUUUAUGAAGCCAUAAGACUAAUUGCGUCACCGAUAGUACCUAGAGUGGCCAACCAGAGCAGUUCUAUUGAUGGUUACAAAAUCGACAAAGGCACGGUCCUCUUCUUCAACAACUACGACCUGUCUAUGUCCAAAGAUCUUUGGGAAAGUCCUGAAAAAUUCAUGCCAGAAAGAUUCAUUAAAAACGGAAAGCUCUUUAAACCGGAAUACUUUCUACCAUUCGGUGGAGGACGAAGGAGUUGCAUGGGCUACAAGCUGGUGCAAUUAGUUUCUUUCGGUAUCCUCGGCACAGUUAUGCAAAAUUUCAAUUUAAAACCUGUUGAGAAUGAAAUUUACAAAGUACCCGUUGGGUCGUUGGCUUUAAAAAAGGAUAGUUAUAAGUUCAAAUUUGAAAAACGGUGAAGUUUCAGUUUAUCGAAAUUCAAUACCAUAACUAGUAUUAACAUAUGGGGAAUUCGUUCUGUUAGUCCGCAAAAUGUGAUUUUAAUUUUCAAGACAGCCGACGACUUGAUUAGGUGUGUAAAUAAUUAUUUAUUGAUAUUUGCAAAAUAUCGAGACAAAUAAUUAUAAUAAUUGUAAAGCUAUUGUACAGUAAGUACUGUAUGAAGUUUUUAGGAGAAAAAGAACUGAUAUAAUAUUUAAUGACACUUUUUAUCACCAUUUUAGAUUGUAGAUGCAAUAAAAUUAUAAUUUUUUUUGUACAAUUAAAUUCAUUGUUAAAAAAAUCAACAAUAGAUCUAUUGUAGUAAACUAUA